AUGAAGUUGGGAUUCAUCUGUGCGUUGCUCUCUCUCCUGGCAGGGCACUGCUGGGCAGACACCCGCACCAUCGGGGCCCAAGAAUGUCUUCCCAACUCGCAGCCUUGGCAGGCUGGCCUCUUCCACCUCACCCGGCUCUUCUGCGGGGCAACCCUCAUCAGUGACCGCUGGCUGCUCACAGCUGCCCACUGCCAAAAGCGAUAUCUGUGGGUGCGCCUGGGAGAGCAUCACCUCUGGAAAUGGGAAGGUCCAGAGCAGCUGUUCCGGGUCACAGACUUCUUCCCCCACCCUGGGUUCAACACUGACCUCAGCGCCAAAGACCACAAUGAUGACAUCAUGCUAAUCCGUCUGCCCAGGAAGGCACAUCUGAGUCCCGCUGUGCAGCCCCUUAACUUCAGCCAGACCUGUGUCUCUCCAGGCACACAGUGCCUCAUCUCAGGAUGGGGGGCCGUGUCCAGCCCCAAGGUGAGCUAUCCAGUCACACUGCAGUGUGCCAACAUCAGUAUCCUGGAGACCACACUUUGUCACAUGGCAUAUCCAGGCCACAUCUCAGACAGCAUGCUUUGUGCAGGCCUGUGGGAGGGGGGCCGAGGCUCCUGCCAGGGUGACUCUGGGGGCCCCCUUGUCUGCGAUGGAACCCUGGCGGGCGUGGUGUCUGGAGGUGCAGAACCCUGCUCCAAACCUAGGCGCCCCACGGUCUAUACCAAUGUGUGUUACUACCGGGACUGGAUCCGAAAAACCAUGCAGGACAACUGA